GCAGUAUAUUUUAAUGUUUAUAUAAGUUUGUUGGAAACUUUCUAGUGACUCUGUAGCCCAUAUUAGGGAAGUAGUGUAGCUUGGGAAUAAGUAAAUAAUUUGUCUCUUUCUAGCAACAAAGUAAGUCUGAUGGAUAUUUUGGGUGUCAUCUGCAAAUUAACUUUGACCCUUUCUGAACAAGUAUGAUCAUUGAAUCAUAAAAUGGCUUGGGAUGGAAGAGAUCUUAAAGAUCAUGUUGUUCCAGCCCUCCUGCCAUGGGCAAGGACACCUACUACUAGAUCAGGUUGCCUAAAGGCCUAUCCAACCCAGCCCUGAACACUUCCAGGUACAUGGCAUCCACAGCUUCUCUGGGCAAUUUGUUCCAGUGUCUCACAACUCUCACCACAAAGAAUUUCUUCCUAACUGCUAAUCUCAGCCUACCCUCUCUUAGCUUAAAACCAUGACCUUAUGUCCUACCACUGCACUUCAGUAGUCUUUCCCAGUCUUUCCUGUAGGCCCCCUUUAAAUACUGGAAGGCCACUGUUAGGUCUCAGCCUGUCUUCAUAUCAUCUUUGUGGCCACUCUCUAAGCCUGCUCAAACAAGUUGUUUGUCUCUCUUUUGCUGGGGACCCAGGAGCUGAAUGCAGUACCUAGGUGGGUUCUCAUGAGAGUGGAGAAGGGGAGAAUCACCUCCCUCAGCCUACUGUACAUGCAUCCUUGGACACAGCUUAGGAUACGAUUGGCUUUCUGGGAUGCAAGUGUGCUCUGCCGGCUCAUCAUCAGCUUUUUGUCCACCAGUACCCCCAAAUCCUCCACAGUGCUGCUCUCAGUCCACUCACUGCCCAGCCUGUAUUCAUGUUUGGGAUUGCCCUGGCCCAGAUGCAGGACCUUGUGUUUGGCCUUGUUGAACUCAGUGGCAUUUGCAAGGACUCAGCUCUGAGGCCUGCCCAGGUCUCUCUGGAUGGCAGCCCUUCCCUCCAGCGCGCUGACUGCACCACACAGCUUAGUGUCCUCUGCAAGCUUGCUGACAGUGCAUUCAGUGCUACUUCACUGAUGUGACUGAUAAUGAUGUUAAAUAGUUCCAUCCCUUAUACAGACCCCUGAGCGAUGCUGCCCACCAUUAUUAAUGUUACAUAUCUAGUGAUAUAUUAUUGUUUAUAUAAUAUUAUUGUGUUUAGUGUACAUUAAUAUUACAUGGUUUUCUGUACUAAAUGUAACAUUUGGCACUUAUACUGCUGAUUAUACAUGUGUUGGGGUUUUUUUUCUGCUGACAUUAUCUUAGUAUGUGGAAAUGAUGAGUCAUCUUUACUGAGAGGACAUUUUGCUGUUUUUCUCUUUUCUGAUUCAAGUGACUGCUCUUUUGCAGGUGAAGUGGAUGAUGUACUGGAUUGUUUUUGCCUUUUUCACCACUGCAGAAACGCUCACAGACAUUGUUCUUUCUUGGGCUCCAGUGUCCUCUACAGGAAGUUUGUGCACCCAACGCUCUCCAAUAAGGAGAAGGAAAUUGAUGAAUACAUUACUCAGGCUCGUGACAAAAGCUAUGAAACCAUGAUGCGAGUUGGCAAAAGAGGAUUAAACCUGGCUGCCAAUGCAGCAGUUACUGCAGCUGCAAAGGGCCAAGGAGUUUUGUCUGAGAAGCUACGAAGUUUCAGCAUGCAGGAUCUCACUCUGAUCCGGGAUGAAGAUGCUGUGCAUUUGCAAAGCCAUGAGUCACAGCUUCGCCCCUCUGGAGGAAGUCUCCUUGAGACUAUUGAAGAUUCAGCUUCCUGUUACUCCUCAGGAGAGGAGAGCAGUGUGGCACAGAGACCUAACGGAACCCCAUCAGAGAUUAGAACAGACCCAUCAGAUGAAGAUGCAGGUGACAAACUGCCAAAACGUACACAGAGCCUCAAAGCUCCUAAGAAGAUGACAAAAUCUGAGCUGCCUGUAAAAAGUGUGAAAGCCCGCCCUAAGAAGAAAGCUGCAGGUUCUUUUACUUCUGGAGAGUCAUCCUAAGGAGACUUCCCCUCCACAACACCCGUCUCUGUCCCAGGAUUGGCCUGUAACUUUUGAGUGGAAACUCUCCUAAGGAAGGGAGCUGAGAUUAAUGUAUAUAACAGAUACUGCUUUGUAGAGCUCAUUCUAAGGUCAAGGGGGGAAGCUGGGAUUGAGAACGUGGAAUAGAGGAUGCACAUCCUCAGGAAUUUUCUCCUUUUCAUCCCCCUCUUGGAGGAAUUGCUAAUGUGUCUGUACAUAACCUGUUGCUUUGAAAUUCCCUCUGUAUAACCCUAGCUGGAGAGAAUCUUGAUGGGGAGAACUGACUAGGGUUAGAGAUACCUGUUGUGCAGAUGCUGGAAAAAUAAUUAGAUAAUGGAGUUCCUCAGGGUUGGGCAGCUCCACAAAUUGUCUUAUUUUGCUCUGGGUAUCCUUCUGCAGCUGUGUUAAGAAGUGCCCACAACGAUUCAUCCGUCUUAAGAAUGGACCACAACUGUCAUGUCCAUCCCCUUCCAGAAGGUGACUUCAAUGAUGUAUGCUGAGUGCUUUUGAAUGUAAAGGACUCACUCACGGGAGGAGUAAACCAGAUUAUAGAUUUUAGUACUGGAAGAUGAGCUUGUUUUUAUUUUUCUAAGAGGUUAAGUGAAGAAAUUAGUAAGCUUAGUUAUGAAGAAAAUGUGCUAUUGUCUGCAUACAUGAAGGAGCAGAUAGAUAUCCACGGGAGGUAACUGUUGAGAAGGAAAGGUGAUCAUCCAUAAGAUUUUGGCAAUUUCCUUUUUUCCUUUUUCUUUAAAGCUACUUGAAUUUUAUUUUUCUGUUCACUUUGAUUCCUGUAAAAUCAUCAGAGUGAGAGGAUUUCUGUGUAGUGGCAAAAGCAGUCAUGGAGAAUGUUGCUUUGUCAUUUAUUGAAUUCCGUGUCAUGAUGAUGCUUUCCUACAGACUAAUUCUUUCAUUCUAGCAGAUUUCUGGGGAAAAUCUGACUCGCUGUAGUCUGCAGACAUACUAGAGAAUUCCAGAAGCUCUUGUCUUUCAGCUUUAGGAGAUCUAUUCUCAGAGUACAAGAACAGACAAAUGGCUGAUGUACGACCUUGUCUAAUUGCAGAACUCAAUUUAUGGAGGAUAAAAGAGGGGGGACUAGGGCGCACUAUUCUCCUUUAUCAGUCCUCUUCCUUUAUCCUACUCCAGCUCUUGCACAAAUUUUCUUUUCUGACCAUUAGCCACAUUUAUCAAUGUCCUGAGACCUGAGCAACAUCCAAUGCUUAUAACGGAAUUACACUGUAUGGGGAAUAUGUUGUGGGAGUGAAACUGCAGAGAAAAGAUUAAUAGAAAUGAGUAAUUCUCCUGUUGUUGAGAUCUGUAAUGGGGGAGCACCAUUACAUUCAUGUUUACUUGCAUCUCUUGCUGUGUAUUUCUCAGAUUACAGUAGGUUCAUCACAGGGCCCAGCAUUUUGUUAUUGACGAUGUAUAGAAGCCGUACUGUAAGAUUCCACAAAUAUUUCUGUCCUAAAGAGUAGCCCUUCAGAAGUUUGUAAAGUUGAAGAUGGAGGCUGAAUUUUUUUAUUUCGUAUUAUCUUGGUGGCAAAUUGUUAUGAAUUAUCUAAUAUUUGGGGAAAACAAUGAAGUUGUUUUUACUUUUUUUUGUCGCUUUUAAAAUUUUAAACCUUGAUCAUGUUAAAAACUUGUAUCUUGUUGUAAGUAUUUGUCCUAAAGUAUGCACAAAUUCUUACCCAGGAUCUGAUAGAAAAUCUUUGAUUUGACUUUAGGAUUUGAGUUUGGGAGGCAGAGGGUGGAAGGGGGAAGUAGAAAAAGUGUUCAUUUUUUCUUCUGUUAGAAAAUAUUGUAUACAUGCCUCACUAGUACAUGGAAUGGCAAGUACUACAGCAAGAAUUCUCUCUGUUCCCAAUGGAAAUACCUCUCCUUAGUGAAUAUGAGGAAGAUUAAGUUGUGAGGAAUUGUUCAGUACAAGAAAGUCUAGGACACAAGACAAACUAUUAUUCUCUAUACUCAAAAUACCUCUAUAACCGUAUUUCUGUAUUCUGCUUUUCCAACUAAAAAUCUCCAUGGCAAAUUAUUUAUCUAAAUCAUUGUGAGGGAGUUGAUUUGGAGACAAAGGCUUAGUUAGUCUGUCCUUAUGCUAAUCUUUCUGCCUUCUUGUGCGUAUGCUUCAAUAGUCUGAUUAUUUGGUUUUCAUACAGUGACUUUCCAGAAUGCUUUCUAAAUUCAGUUCAUCUGCAGUACCUUCUGCUUUUAAUUGCAAGUAGAAUUUCUGAAGACUCAAUUUUGAUGUUUGAAUUUGGCUUUGUCCUCCUGAACUAGAUGUUUUACCAGGUAUCUUUUACUUAACACUGAUGCUUGAUAUCAUAGCCUUUGGGUAGGUGUGGGUCAAUUGCCCUGACUUCUUGUAUAUGGAGAUUAAAUGACUUCUCUUUUUAAUUGAGAAUCUGGAGUAGUUACAGGCUAUGUGGAGUGUGUGAUGUACAAAGCUGGUGAUGUUAGGCAGCAGGACUUAACCCAGAGCAAGAGAAUGUCUUAGUAUGGACACUGUUUUCUUCUUCCAGUACAAAUGUGACUGCUAGAUUUCACUCUGCUUGAUCAGAGCCUCUGUAGAUCUGCCACCACCCUUAGUGAGUUCCUAGAUAUAGUUCUGCAUUGGAUGACUGGUCUUGCAUAGAAAUUCUCUUGUUAAUGAGAAUGCUGAAUGUGCUGUUUUGGUAAAAUGCUUUUAACAGCUGUUGUUCAAUGUCUUCAGCAGGAAAUGCUGGAAUGUAGUUUCAAUUCAGUAUCUUCUGUGAGCUUGAUUGUGCAAUUAAGCAAGUGGUUAAAUCCGUACCUAGCAGUAGAGCCCACUGAGUUCAGUAUGUGUUUGUACCUCUUUCCUCAUAACGUCCGGACACAGAAAGAGAUUUCUAGAGAACCCUGAAUUUCCAGAAAUUGAUACCUUUGAAUUUUAUUUCUCUUAUUGCCGCCUUAAUCAGCAGGAAAUGUGUGCCUUAGAAGGAAAUUGGGAUGGUUAUGGAACAUGCUGUUAAGCUCUCUAGCUACACAGAGCAUUGUAUGAAGGCGGCUUGUGUGUUAACUGUGUAGUGUCAGUGAGCCUGAGAGCAACUGUUGAGCUGUACUGAGCCUUUCUUUCUGUCUUCCAAACUUGCAUGCAAUUCUAGAAAGUAUGGGUUAUUGCCUAAGAGAGAAAUCUGGAAAAAGGAAGAAAAUUCUUAUCCUUCUUUCUGAUGGAGACAUCGCAUUGACGUAUUACUCUGCUGUUUGCUGGGGAGAUGCUGGAUGACAUUCCUCUAUGUAAUUGUUCAGUAUUAAAGACUUUCUUAGAUUACUUUUGGGAAUUUAUAACCUGUCACCAGGCUGACACAUCUUGUGCUGAUCUCUGAGUUGCCCUGUAAACACACAUGGAAAACCUGCAAAAAUAUUCUUGAGGCUGUGUGAGUUCAGAGAGUGGUUGAGUUUGAAAGGGGAUCUCUGCAGGCCAUCUGGUCUAAAUGGUCUGCUUGAGCAGGGCGAGCAGCUCUAGGUAGCCUAAGAGUUCCUGUGUUAUAUGUGGUCUGGAGCCUAUUGAAUUUAAUGUUUCAUUAAUGGUUGAAUUUAGUGUUUUUGUAUAUACAUAAAUGCACAUGCAGCAUGGGGAUGUACUUUAGGGUUACCAAGGAGAAAGGAUCAGGGAAGGGUCACCUUCCAUCUGGAAUUUGGCACUUUUACUAGAUGCUGUGAACAACUCAGUUUUAUGUUGUUUCUUGGGUACUGCUAUGAAGCCUAUUGGCUUCAAAUGAGAAGAGAUCUUAAGGAGUGUGCAGAGUAACUUGUGGUUUGAAGGUUAAUGAAGACAGUAAGCUUUCACAGCAGCAAAGAACCUGUCUUGUGAGAUAGGGUAGGGUGGAAAACGGGCUAUGUGCAGUACAGAUUUGUCUAGGAAAUACUGACAACUUCUUUCUGAACCUCUGACCUUACUUCAGCUCUGCACCCUACAGGUUGGAAUCUGAUUUCUCUCUUACAGAAACCAUCCACCUUUCUAAGCUGGACUUGACCUUUGUGUAUUUAGAUUCUCGAACCUUUCAUCACUUCAGAACCAUAGUGUUUGAAUUUUUCCUCAGUAGUCAGUCGGACUGUGGAAAGUACCUGAUAAAUAUCAAGCACUUUGUAGUAGACAUCUUAUACUGGGGAAACGCUAGCAGGGAGCUCCAGGGGAUGGGUUCAUCUGGGAAAUUGAAUGCACAAACAAAGCCUGUGUUUUGCACCUACUAAAUGCUGAAUUUUGCUACAGUCAUGUACCAGCUAUCUGUAGAAUCUCAAAAAAUCCAUGUCAUAAUUGUCGGUGUUCUGUUUGUAAAGAAAAACUGGAAUCACAAUAACAUGAAGUGAAAAGAAACAGUGAUUAGCAUACUUUUUGUUUUGUUUAUUUUUGUUUUUUUUUUUUUCCUGGUAAUUAGGCUGUAGCUGCUGCUUUUCCUCAACUUUUUCUAUAAACACAUAACAAGCCAUUAUUUUCUAGCUCUGUUUCCCAGCCCUAACACCCUAGAAGUAACAUUCGUGAGAAGAUACAAAAUUGAACACACUCUCAGUGACCUAUAGACAGAGUCUCAUAUAAUGGGCAACUUUCUGAGACUGAAUCUGAAAUGUUUGCUGCUAUAGCUGAAAUGCAGUGCUAGACUGACUAAUCAAAGAUAAGAAAUUUAGUUGUAGUCUUUGCAGCAGGUCAGAAAGGGAGAGCUUUGCUAAAUGGCAAAAACAAGUGUAGGCAGUACUGCCAGAGUGCAUUUCAUAGCAGUAUUGUAGGAAUAACAGCUUGGGUAUGAAUAAGUGAGUAUCAGUACACAGUAGUUGACUUGCAGCAAAAUUUGACCUGCUGAUUUGCCUUCUUUCUUGACAAGGAAGAUUAGCCUAGCUCAUCCAUGCAAAUGAGCUGUGUAUAGGUGUCUAUACUAUGUGUAUUUAAACAAUGGGCAAUUACAGCAUCUUUAAAGAAACUUUUUUUUUUUUGCUUUUUUCCUUUCCACCCAUUCAGACAAAUGAGGGGGAAAAAAAAAAGCAGAAACUUCCUGUAGUUUUCAUUGCUUUGGUAACAGUAGGAGAAAAUAAGUUCUCUGGUUAUUAUCCAGAGUUUGGAAAAAUGUUGUUCCGUCAUACAGGAGAUGGGUCUCAAGCGUGCUUACGCUGUCAAAGGUGGGAGAUAUUUCUCAUGAAGCUUUGUUGGAAAUGCCUCAUUGGCACACAGAUUGUGUGUGUUUAAAAUGCAUUGAAAAUAUUCUGAAAUUGAGAGCAAGAAGCACUUCUACUCGUGUGUAGUUUAUCUUGUUUGCUUAUAACUUGCAUGAGGUAAUGAAGACUUCUUACUCACCAUGUAUCAGAGUUGUGGUAUCUAUAUUCAUGGCACUGGACAUCAGAAAUGCAUAAAUGAGCCCUGAAGCAUUUCUACUAACCAGCUGGCACAUUUCACGAGAGGUAAGUUAGACUUAAAGUAUGAACAUCUUAAUUCUAUGUUAUGGUUUUCUAGAGAGAAAACUAUGUCGGGGACUGUAAGAACAAGAUGGUUACUCCCUAACAAAUUAUUAGCUUUUGUGUGUGAAUGAAAGCCAGUACGAUAGCCUCUGUAAGAUAAAUUCCUUCAAAUAGACAGUGUUUAAGGUAUUCAACAAUAUUUUACUGAAUAUCACCUUUUUACACAGUUUACCACUUCUGCAUGUGCACUUGACUGCCUUAAGGGAUCUGAGGGUUCUGGUUGAUGGCAAGCUGAACAUGAGUCAGCAGUGUGCCCUCACAGCCAAUAUGGCCAACUGUACCCUGGGUGAUAAUAUAAGGGUCUAGAGGGCAAGAUGUAUAAGGAAUGGACAAAGGUGACUUUCUUUGCUCAGCCCAGAGCAGGGGAGGCCUCAUGGUGGCCUACAGUUCCUCAUAUGGAAUGGAGGGGCAGUGCUGAGCUCUGAUCUUUGGUGACUGGACAGGAGUUAAGGGAACAGUAUGGAGCUUUGUCAGGGCCUUUGUCGGCCUGGAUUUUUGGGAAGAGUUGUACGCCAGAGGGUGGUGGGCAUGGAACAGGCUCCCCAGGGCUGAUAGAGAUCAAGAAGGACAACGCUCAGGCGUAGUGUUUGAUUUUUUUUUUUUUUUUUUUUUUUUGGGUGGUCCUGCGUGGAGCCAGAAGUUAUCCUCAGUGAUCCUUGUGGGUCCCACCCAACUCGCAAUAUACUAUCAUUCUAACUGUGUGAAUAUCAAAGAGCGUUUUCCACCAGAGUACAAGUGGUUUUGACUGUAAAUUUUCAGAAAUUAACUCCCAGUGUAGUCAGAGAGGAAAAAAGUCAAAGCCAGACAAAAUUGUAUGGAGUAUCAGAGGAACCUUGCCAUAAAAGGGAUCGGAGAGGAUUCAUUGGAGAGAAUGUUUUUCAUAAUUUACUCUUACUAGUUGAUUCCAACUGAUUCUUAGAGCUUUCAAGAGCCAGAGUAAAGACAAUGCUGCACAAUGUGUUGUAAGGCAAACUUCUGUGCAGAAUGCCGGUCAGCACCCAGAAUGCUCUCCUGUCAAGCCUUAAUUGCAAUCUUGAGUUACUAUUGGUCACUGCAUCUCAGUGGAGAUGUAAAGUAUAGAAAGAGUAUAUUCUGUUGGAAAAUCACAAAGUCACGAGAGUGGUUGUGUGAAGAUACAACUGAAAGAACUGCUGCAGGUUACCUUGAAGAAUAAUGACAAAAACAUGCAAUGAGGAUUUAAAAUAUAGAAUUGUUAGUUUGCGAUCAAUACAAUGGUAAGGAGUAGCAGGAUUCAGUUAAUAAAUGGAGAAAUUGGCAGCCGUGUAUGUAUUUUGUUGUUGGAUUGUGCCCGUGCCAUCACUUGCUUCACAUAGUUCCAGAUUUUACAAGUUAGGUAACAUUUUCACACAGAAACUAAGAUUUUUAUCUUAGGUAAUGCUUAGUGACUUACCAACAAGAAAGCAAGCUGAAUUUCUUUUGAUGACUUUCUUAAAUUAAACAACACAAAUCCUCAAACCUUAUUUGGUAUUCAUGGUGCUGCCUCCUGGGGAAAUCACUGAGUUGAUGGACUCCUCACUUCUGACUUUCCUGUUCAUAUUAUUUCUCAACUGUUGUGAAUGUCACAGGUAGAUGAAACUUUUGAGAUUUGACCCUGAAUUUGGUUCUAAAUUCAGGUAUGCUGAGCUAUGUAUGAGCUAGCAUUGUUUGAAUGAGAGUCCAGAGAGAAAAUGAAAAAGCUGAGAUGAAUCUAGCCAGGCAAAGGUCGCUGAAAGACCUUCCUUGAAGUGCACAAAUUAAAGAUUACAUAGUAAUGCUUGUUUCUGAUGCAACAUUUUCAUGAUAAAAUUUCCAUUAGCGUAGCGCUGAUCUAAAAGCAUUUAAUUCACAGGGUUGUGGAUUUGUUUGUCCACCAGAGGGCAUAAUGCAACAUAAAAUCAGUGAAAAAGAGAGCAAAGACCUGCCUGAAAAUAGAUUGAGUGUGACUGGUCGAGCAUCUUGAAAGUGAACUUCCUGCUUAGAAAGAGAGGGCAUAAAUAAGUAAAAUUGACCUUAAAUCGCCUUAGCGGAGAAAUAUGAAGUAAUGCUGCAGAUAUCUCCUAUCUAAAAAGGCUGUUUAAACUUGCUGGGCUUUUUAAUUUAAGUAUUUUCUAGAAAAGCUUAUGUAUACAACAGUAUUAGACAGUAACUGUCCUCAGAUCUUUUAAUUGUCCAUUCAGACAGUUUUCUAGCUCAUGAAGGAGCUCUGUAAAUGGUAGUGUUUGCAACUCUUUUUGUUUCUGCUGGAAUUAAACAGUUUCUUUGUGUAUGUGUACCUUAGCAGUGUCACUCUAAUUUAUGGUUUGAAUUUUGUAGUAUUUUCUGUUAAGAAUCAGUAGUUUCUAUCAAUUGAAUCUAUAUUUUGUGAAAAUAGAAGCAAGUUCAAUCUAAAAAUACAGAGUCUAGUAGUUUCUAUGGUAACUUGAAACCAUGGCAACAGAGAGUUAGCACUCUGAAAAACUGAUAGAGGUUAAGGUUUUUUGUAUGUUUGUUUCAUUUUAAGUCAACAAGCUAAUUAACAGCACAAGUGUUUCAGAGAAUACAGUGACUUUGUUUUAACCGCAUAGGACUGCAUUAAUAUAAGGGAUUUCCAUCUCAAAAUGUAUUGGAAUUUUAAUAGGCACAUGGUGAAACUACAUACAGUCUUUGUGAUUUUGAGAAAUAAGAGUUCUUUUAUCUGCUACGUCAUAGACAGAAACUUAGAUUCAAGACAAGUGAAGGACAUAUCAGGAAGUUGCUGUAGGAAGGAGAAUAGUUUAGAAGAGGGGCAGUGGCUAUUAUUAAAUGUGUAACAUAGGUUUGGUAUGUUUCUGUUCCACUUUUUCAUCAUGAGAUCAGAGAGUUAAACAACAUAGCACUUUCACAUCAGUGCUAAGUUUUGGCUGCUCUGAAGCAGUUGAGACCCCAAGAGGCGUUAUAAGCCAUUAUAAGAAAGAAUAAUGACUUUAAGAAUGAUAUUUACAGUAAAUAUAUACUAAGGGAGGUGGAAGUGGGCUCUCAUGACUAAAUCUUGUAUCUACCAAAUGGCUCUCUGCUAGCAUAGAGAUAAUGUAAAAUCUCUGUGCUACCAACACUCAGCCUAACUUUUAAAGGGAAAUAUGAGUUUGAUCAAAGCCAUACUGCAGAAUUUUUCAAGAUUACUCUUUUUCUCUAGGCCUUGUCUGAAAAUUGAGUGGAAAUUAUGGUAUUGCUAUUACCACCCAUGAAUAUAGGGUAUGUCUUUAAUUAAAUAGAAUUGAAACUUCACUUAGAAGCUAACUUUUGUAAAAGCUAGCUGUUCUGACUGGAUUUGCAUUUGCCACAGGGUUGCUCCAGCUAAUCAGUGGAGUCACUGAGGUGCUCUCAGGCCAUUAAGUCAGAAAAUGGUUGGGGGAAAAAAAAACAGGCCAAACUGAACUGGUUCAGAUAGUCCAGUCUUCUCCCUGGUACUGCUUGCUCUGUGUGAUGACCAGUGGGUAGUGUGGAAUUAACACACAUCUUGAAAAAGCUGCUUCGUGACACUGUCACCUUUUUACUCAUGCUCUAAAGCAUUGUGGUGUUUAAUAACUGGGUUGUUGUUUUUGUUUUGAUUUGUUUUUAUGAUCGUUUUUUUAAUUAUUUAUCUAGGUUUUUUGUAGAGUCAUAAAAUGUUUGGUCAAUUGCUGCAAAGUAAUGGUGGCAGGAGGGUUAGAACUAAAUGGUCUUUCAGUCUCUUCCAACCCAAGCCAUUGCCUGAUUCUACAAUUAUUUUAUUAAAUAUCAAAACCCUGAGGAAUCAAGAUCUUGUGUCAUACUUGCUUUCUUACCAAGGCUCUUUCAAGGAAGAUAAUUGUGUAUUAUCUCUUUGAUAUCUUGCUCUUUUGCUCUCAUUUGUUUUUUCCUCCUUCUUUUCCUUCCUUUUCUCUCCAAGAGUACUGUACUUUUUUGUGUGUGUGUGUGAGGAUGUGCUUGCAUUCAAGAGGUUACCAGCUAAUUCUUAAUCCAUUUGGUUAUACUUUUAAAAGCAGCUUUCCUGGUCAGGUCCUCCUCCCUGGCAAUAAGGGUCAUGAAUCUGUAAAUAUAGCCCUUCUGCUAGGAUUAAAGAGUCUUUGGGACACUUGCUGUAUUGCAUCUGUUCAAGCUGUAGUCAUUUGCUGAAGGCUGUAAUAGCAGACAAGACAAAAAGGCAUCAUCAAAUACUGAAUUUUGAAUACUAUAUAUUGAUAAUGUUUUAAAUGAGUCUCUUUUCUGAGUGGUGCUUCAAGCAGAAGUAUAAGGUGGCAUUGGUCAAUAAAUGUUGCUUUGAAAGAGACUAGGUUAUUUAUUUGAUUUAGGGGAAGAGGACAAGGUUCUGGAAGUGAUUUACUUCUAAUUUAUUUUGUCAGUUAAAUGUUUUGGAUAACUUAAAAUGAGAAUUCCAUCUGUCAUUAGAAAAAGUUUGCAGAUAAUUGUGCAAGUAUGCCCUUUCGUUCUUUGCUAUUGAGCUUACAUAUUUCCCUUAUUUUUUUUCUUUCCCUUCUAUCCCCCGCCCCCUCAAGUUCCUCCUUCCUGUGCUUGAGUAUUUUUCUUUAAAAGGUUAAUGUUUUGUUAGUUUCUCAGUGCGCUGUCUUAAAUAGUUUUAAUUUCUCUUUAUGUCCUUCAUUUGUGUUUAGUUUUCUAUCUCCUCCCCCCCCCCCCCCCCCCCCGUUGUUGAAUGAGAUAAGAAAAUUAAUACAAUGCCCUACUGCUUCUGCCAUGUAAAAAUCAACACAAAUCUAAAGAAUCUGGUUUGAUUCCCCGUUUAGAUAUUGGCAUUUAAUAAUUAGGUUGUUUCCAAUUUCUAACUGUUAAAUGAAGACUUGGAUUCAAAACACAGCUAUAUGUACAUGUGGCCUUUUUGCUUGUGUGGGUACAGAUCAUGGUAGAGUCAAGUACUAUUACUGAAAUGUGUCUGAGAGACCCACCUCAGUUGCAACUACAAAUAACUUCUGGACUGGGGAGAAUAGAGGGAUGAAAGGAUUUAUAUAUGCAGAGUUGGAGAGUGGUGAAUAUCAUAUGCAGAGACAUGAUUUAUUAGUCAAUGCUACGUAGCUAGAAUAUUUGUGUGAUAGGUGAGAAAUCUGCAGUCCCACAGAACAGGUAGCAAGAACUUAGCGAACUUGCUGAGAUACCUGUGUUGCUAACAAAUGGGCAGAGGGGGUAUGUGAAAUGAACAGGAGAGGGGGGGGGGGGAAAGGACCAUGGGAAUAACUUUCAGUGGUUGGCAUUAGUGGUUGGUCCUUUGUCAGCCCUGCUAGUCAGUAAAGUGGAUAAUCAGGGCAAACAGUUAUAGUGAGUCUGAUAAGAGAUGCAUGCAGUUAGCAGGGUUCUCUUGGCAUCUUUCCACUUUGUGUUUUGGGUAGUACUGAGUUCUUGAGCUGAGGGACUGUGGUUUGUGUCUGAACUUAGUAACUGCAGCAAUGAACUGGCUGAGUCUCUGUGUUUGAUUGGAGUUGAAAUCCUUAGCUAAAAUUCAGCAUAUCCCGAGCUGGCAUUCUGUUUUUCUACCAGUUGGAGAGGGGAAUAAUCUGUGUUCUUGAAAUGCCUAGAAACUAUUGGAGUUGUCUCCUAAUCACAGAUGUCAUUUAGCCACAUAAGGGAUCAAAAUGAAAACCAGACUACCAACCAAUGAAGUUACUUGAGUGUAAUGUCUUUGUGCUUCUGUCCUGGAUUUGACGUGUGAAACCAGGCCUGCUUUCUACUGGAUCAUGCUGCAGACGAUGAUAAAGGAAAAAAUAAGGUAGCUUCAUUUUAAAAUCUUAGUCCACUUGCUAGAAGUGGUAGAAUUUAGAGUAAAAUGGUAUCUAUGAUGUUCUGAUUUCAGUCUUAAAAUGUAUGUAUGUCGUGUGUGAAUUGUUGUAUUUUGUGUAAUUAUACCUCACCCUUUGGCUGCUUUUUUUCUAAUCUGUUCUGUUUCCCUUGUGUGUACUUCAUGAAAAUAUUUUCUUGGAUGGUGCUAAGUGAGUGAAGACCUUCUUGAAGUGGUACAUCUGAAGAAAAGAAUCAGAGAUUCUGCAGAAGAAACAAAGAAUCAUUUCAGAGAAAGUUUGUUUAAACAAUCCAGACAGCUCUUGUGCAUGUUUGUGUGUUAGUGAAUUACAGGGGAAGAAGGUAAAAACUUCCAAUUACUUGGCAUCAGAGAAACAUUGUUAUUCUAAACUCCAAUAAAGAUGAACAGUGAAAAUGUGAA